AGUAAAUGCUGCUUAGCCACUCUGUUUACAAUUUUGCGAAAAAACGAACGAUGUAUUGAAAUAUAUAUUAUAUAGCUAUGUAUGGUAUGCUUUUAGUUGUUAGCUACUUACAAAAACACAGCAUGUAGCAAAUAUGUCCAAAUAAAUUCGAAGUACUAGUGUAUUACGGUGUUUAUGCAACUUCAGUGUUGACUUUUAUGUAACCGGCGAGUAAAUUCAUAUUUCACGGACGCGUUUUCAUUUAAAUAUAUUUAAAGGUUUUGGUAACAUGGCAACGCUUACUCGCAAACUAUUACCUCUUGUAAGAAACGCGCUUUCAAAUCAAACGCGCCUCGCAUACGCACAUACAGUGUCAAUGAGGGAUGUUCGAGCAUUCACAUGCUCAGCAAGCGUGUUACAACUACAGAAUGAGCAUGGGACAAAUGCCCAUGUUUUGACUGGGAAAGUGGACAGAUUCGGCGGAGUGACAGUGAACAUCGGUGACAGUGAUUUCCCGUCGGAUAUCAGCGAAGGAGUAUUUAGUAAUCUACUGCGAGACUCUUUGGCUCAGUGGAGGACAGAGGGCCGGGUGGCAGUCUGGCUUCAUGUGCCCAUCUCUUUGAGCCGCUGUGCCGCGGCAGCUUCUGCUCAUGGCUUCACCUACCAUCACGCCAAACAGGACCAAGCCAUUCUGGCUCUGUGGCUGGGAGAUGGGCAGAGCAGGCUGCCUGGGUUUGCUACUCAUCAGAUUGGAGUGGCAGGUGCAGUCGUUGAUGAGUCAAAUGGAAAGGUUCUCGUUGUUCAAGACAAAAACAAGACAGUAAAUGCAUGGAAGUUCCCUGGAGGGCUCUCCGAUCCAGGAGAAAACGUUGGCACCACUGCGGUCCGAGAGGUCUUUGAGGAGACUGGAGUCCGCUCUGAGUUCAAGUCCCUUCUGAGCAUCCGGCAGCAGCACAACCACCCGGGUGCUUUUGGUAUGUCCGACAUGUACAUCAUCUGCCGCCUCAGCCCUCUCACUCAUGACAUCAACUUCUGCACCCAGGAGUGCCUGCGCUGCGAGUGGCUGGAGCUAACCGAGCUGGCCAAGACACACGCCACAACACCCAUCACUAGCCGCCUAGCCAGCCUCCUGCUUCACGGCCUAAACCAGGGCUUUGACAAGAUUGAUCUGGCUAUGGAGGAGCUGCCAGCUGUCUACUCAGGGAGGUUCUACCAGCUGUACCACAGGGAGCUGCCGCAGGUGCUAAAACACAAGGCCUGAGGACAGGGUCCGGCCUUACUUAGCACAACGAUACUAAUUGCACUAGCACGUCAGUGCUUGUCAUAUUAGUGUGUGGCUGGUGUUCUACCAUAAUACUAGGAAGUGUAUAUUUAUGGCAGACUGGAAUAUGUUUUUAUAAACUGUUACUAGGGAAGGAGGGUGUAGCAAAUGGUACCGAUGAUGACCACUGUAAAGGACAUUUUGCACAAAUCACAAGAUGUUCCUCGUCUGUAAAAAAUCUAAUAAAAAUACACAAUUUGAAGAAA